AUGCCAAAAUAUCCCGACCCAAUGUCCAAUAUUUCCAACUUCAAGAUCAUUGAAUCUACACUGAGAGAGGGUGAGCAGUUUGCAAACGCCUUUUUUGAUACAGCAAAGAAAGUCGAGAUUGCAAAGGCACUGGAUGCCAUCGGUGUUGAUUACCUCGAGCUGACUUCUCCUGCUGCUUCUGAACAAUCCUACAAUGACUGCAAGACAAUCUCUAGUCUUGGUUUGAAAGCCAAGAUCCUCACCCAUGUACGCUGCCAUAUGGACGAUGCCAAGCUGGCAAUCGACACUGGUGUAGACGGACUUGAUGUAGUCAUUGGUACAUCAAGCUAUCUACGCGAAUUCUCUCAUGGAAAGGAUAUGGAGUACAUCACCAAUAAAGCCAUUGAGGUGAUCAAUUACAUCAAGAGCAAAGGUCUCGAGGUCCGUUUCUCCACCGAAGACUCCUUCCGUUCAGAUCUUGUUGAUCUCUUGAGCAUCUACAAAGCUGUUGAUAAGAUUGGUGUCACACGCGUGGGUAUUGCCGACACAGUCGGAUGUGCAAACCCUCGUCAGGUUUAUGAGCUUGUUAAGACUUUACGCAGUGUGGUUAGCUGUGACAUUGAGUGUCAUUUCCACAAUGACACAGGAUGUGCUAUUGCUAAUGCUUAUGCAGCACUUGAGGCUGGUGCAACCCACAUAGAUACGUCCGUGCUCGGAAUUGGUGAGCGUAAUGGUAUUACUCCCUUGGGCGGACUAUUGGCACGCAUGUACGCCGGUGAUAAGGAGUACGUCAAGAACAAGUAUGAUUUGACAAUGAUCCGUGAGGUUGAGAACAUUGUUGCCGAGGCUGUCGAGGUCACUGUGCCAUUCAACAACUACAUUACUGGCUAUUGUGCUUUUACCCACAAGGCCGGAAUUCACGCCAAGGCUAUUCUUAACAACCCUUCGACUUAUGAGAUCCUGAACCCUCAAGAUUUUGGUAUGACGCGAUAUGUCAGCAUUGGUCAUCGUCUGACAGGCUGGAAUGCAGUCAAGAAUCGUGUUGAACAGCUUGAUCUUGAUCUGACAGAUGAGGAUGCCAAGCGAGUGACUGCCAAGAUUAAGGAAUUAGCAGAUGUCCGUCCUCUGUCUCUUGACGAUGUCGAUACUCUCUUGCGUACUUAUCACCAUGCAAAGGGGACCGGUGGACAUACUAGUGUAUUUGACAAGAUUGAUACUCCUGAUAAGAUUGCUGAUAUUAGUGUACCAAAGCAAACAAAGUAA